AUGAGCUACAGUCUACUUGAAUUGCCGUCAGAGAUAUUGCUGUUGUUGCCAGAGUAUCUAGACCCAGCCUCGUUGGACAUGCUAUCGCAGAGUUGCAGUACGCUGCGGGAGCUAUUCGACGACAACUUGAGCUGGAAAGCUGUGUCAGCCAAUGCAAGAAUAGGCAGACCAGACAGAUCAAGAUCGAGGAGCAGGUCGCGCUCAGUGCACAGAAAUGGCGUGAGAGAUACAUUCCAAAGCAUUGGCAAGAGAGCAGCCAGUGAGGAGCGAAGCAGAGGCAGAAGAGGACCGAUCAAUUGGAAAACACAGUCAUCCAGUGAGGAAGAUGACGUUCUGGAAGAGGUGGAUGCAGAAAUGGCCCAUAUGCAAGUCGAGCAUCCUGAAGAGGCUGUCGAUAUGGUCAGACCGCUUAGGAAUUCUAGCAGGUCUCUAAGACAAGAAUCCAACUCAAGAUCACGUAGCAGGAGUCGUUCACGCAGCAAAGUGAGGACAGUAAAAGCACACCCUUCACUCGCCGCACUCUGGUUCAAUAGGUCGUGCACAACGCUCGACAGCGUGGAGGUUAUUCUGCCAGACAAUGUUUAUCGGGAAAAACUAGUAGACCAUCCUCAGACGUACUACUGUAUGGCGACAGAACCUCCUCAGCAUAAACUCGACCUUCACGUAGGCGAUCACGUCAGCAGAGUUGAGAACGACGAGGGAAUUACAGUUUGUGAUGUUGUUGAUGAGACAUUGAAUACUAUCAACUACAUUAUAAUGAAUGCUGGCGUGAGCGAAGACGGCGAGGUCGACCCGGCAACGACUCUAGUGAUUGAUGGAAGACUCAAAUGUAUCCAGUUCGUUGAUCCGGCUACUCUGGAAUGUGUUUUUGAGUUGUAA